CGGGGAGCUGGGACCCACGACCCUCGCCACCUCACGCAGCCUUCGCGGCCUCCAGCGCGGCCCGAGUCCCGUCCCUCGCCUCGGCUCCCACAUCCGGGGGGCGGUCCGGCCCGCCGUAGCUGCGGAGGCCGCAUCUGGCGCGCAUCUGGAACCGCCCGCCCGGCCGGCCGCGCUGGAGCCCGCGCCCGCCCUGGCCCGGCAGCGCCGGGAGCCCUGCCCGGAGCUGGAGCCGCACUUGGAGCCGCGGGCCCGGGGCCCUGAGCCGCGCAGCCGGCGCAUGGUGAACUCGCUCCUGUUCGGGGAGAUGGCCUUGGCCUUCGGCUGCCCGCCCGGCGGCGGCGGCGGGAGCUGCCCCGGCGGGGGCGGCGGCGGCGGCGGGGCCGGGCCGGGGCCGUCGCCGGUGACGGCGGCGCUGCGGGACGACCUGGGCUCCAACAUCCACCUCCUGAAGGGGCUUAACGUGCGCUUCCGCUGCUUCCUGGCCAAGGUGCACGAGCUGGAGCGGCGCAACCGGCUGCUGGAGAAGCAGCUGGAGCAGCAGCAGAGCGAGCGCGAGCGGCGGCUGCGCUACAAGACCUUCUCCCGAGAGCAGGCCGUGCAGACCGGGCCCGAGCUGCUGCGGCCGCCAGCGCCCGGCUCGGGGCACGGCAGCGGCAGCGGCGCGGCGGCGGGCGCCAACGCCAACACCGUUGCCCUGGGCGGCCUGCCCCCCGGCGGCGGCUCGCACCCGCAGCACUACGGCCGCCUGCCCGGGACCAUCUGGAGCUACACGCAGGUGCGGCGCACGGGCGGCGGCGGCGUGGAGACCGUGCAGGGCCCCGGCGUGUCGUGGGUGCACCCCGACGGCGUGGGCGUGCAGAUCGACACCAUCACGCCUGAGAUACGCGCGCUCUACAACGUGCUGGCCAAGGUGAAGCGCGAGCGCGACGAGUACAAGCGGAGGUGGGAGGAGGAGCUUGCCAAACGCAUGAACUUGCAGACCAUGGUGGACACGCUGCAGGAGGCGGCGCAGGAGGCCGAAGCCAUCCAGGAGGAGAUGAACGAGAAGAUUGAGCGGCUCAAGGCCGAGCUAGUGGUGUUUAAGGGGCUCAUGAGUGACCCCAUGACAGACCUGGACACAAAGAUCCAAGAAAAGGCCAUGAAGGUGGACAUGGACAUCUGUCGCCGGAUCGAUAUCACGGCCAAGCUGUGCGAUGUCGCACAGCAGCGGAACUCGGAAGACGUGUCCAAGAUCUUCCAGGUGGUGCCCAAAAAGAAAGAGCGUAAGGUGGCUUCGGAUGACGAUAUCUCCGAGCAGGACGGGGAGGUGAACCGGUUCUCGGAUGACGAGGUCGGCUCCAUGAACAUCACAGAUGAGAUGAAACGCAUGUUUAACCAGCUGCGGGAGACCUUUGACUUUGACGAUGACUGUGACAGCCUGACGUGGGAGGAGAACGAAGAUACGCUGCUGCUCUGGGAAGACUUCACCAACUGCAACCCAAGCAUCGACCUGCAAGGCGAGCAAGAGGAAAAUUUGGGCAACUUGAUCCACGAGACAGAAUCCUUCUUCAAGACGAGAGACAAGGAGUACCAGGAAACGAUUGGCCAGAUCGAGCUGGAGCUGGCCACGGCCAAGAGCGACAUGAACCGGCACUUGCACGAGUACAUGGAGAUGUGCAGCAUGAAACGCGGGCUGGACGUGCAGAUGGAGACCUGCCGCCGGCUCAUCAAAGGCUCUGCGGACAGGAAUUCACCAUCUCCCAGCUCCGUGGCCAGCAGUGACUCAGGAAGUACAGACGAGAUCCAGGAUGAGUUUGAGCGGGAGGCGGAUGUGGAACCCAUGGUCAGCUGAUGACGGAGGCCCCCUGUGCCUGCUGGUCUUGGUGAUGGCGCCUCUGCCCCUCUCCCCACGGGGCCAGGAAGGCUUCUUGGAGUGGGGCUCCAGUCCCCACCACACAGACUCCCUCUGCCCUCCCUUCUCUGGAGGCCCCGAGGGACCGCUGCUUCCUUCCUUCUACCCCACCACCAACCAGUGCCCCGCCUCCAUCCACCCACCCAAGGAAUGGUGCUGUCAAUUUCUAUUGUUCUCCACGUUACAAAUGCAGACUUCUGUCCGGACGAUGCAGUGUUAACUGUGCCUUUUCCCUUAAGCUGAGCCACUUUGAGCUCCAAAGAAUUCUUCCUAGCAGGUGUUUUUAUACAAAACUCUAAGGUGGGGACAGGGGGGGCCCCUGGCCUGAUCUAAUGUGGAUUUCUCCCCUCCCACCUGCUUCUCUGAUUGGCCCUGAGCUCUGCCCUCCCCUCCUCUGCCUGACCUGAGUUGGCCUAGGGGUGGUCCACUUCCCCAUCCCUAGGAAGGAGCUGUUUGCCUCUGCAACCUUUCCAGGCCUGGGUGGGGGUCUCCCCAGUGUUUUCACUUACUGACAAGAGAGAAAAGAUAGGAGGAGGGAGAACAGACAAAAUUUUAUUUUCUUUCUGGAUCGAGUAGCGCAGCGGAGGGACAAGGCACUGUGUGGGAAAGUGGAGUCUCACUGUGUUUAAACUACUAUGCAAAACAAAACAAAACAAAACAAAAAAAAAAGCAGCUUGCCUUAUAUCAUUGUGGAAGGUAGGCCGUUGCCCAGACUCCUGGUUUUUCGCUGGAGCUGGCAGGGAGGCAGAGGCUAGGGCGAUCUCUCUCGCAGCCUCUGAAGGUGAGCACUGACUUGGGAGUAGGGGUUCUGUCAAGGUUGGUAGUGAGGUCGCUAUGGGGGGGGUCUGCAAGGCCAUCGGCCCACCUGACUGCUUGCUUUCUUGGGACCUAUGUGGGGUGGGAGGGGUCUUUUAUUGCCCUGAUGACUUGAUGUUUCUCUCUCCCUUCCUAGCCAGUGAUAAGGGGCUACAGAUUUGUAAUUUCUCUGUGAGAAAGCCUGGAGGGGGCGAGGCCUGGUAUCCAGCCCUCUGCAGUGGGGCUGGGUUGGCACCGCCUGCCGCUGUCUUGCUUGGUUCUCUACGGCCCCUAGUCGCAGGCUGUUCGGCCACUGGGGGGCACUGGAAAGGGAGGGGGUGAGAGGCAGCAAGGCUGCUGGCAGAUCGGAGGAGGCAGGAGUGGAGCUGGAGUGUGAGAACCAUCCUUUGUUCUGCUCAUGGACAUAUGCAAGCCUGUUUCCAUAUAUCACUUGAUUGACCGACCAGUGUGGGGAGUUAACCUGAGCCAGUAUCUCCCCAAUGCUUGGGUCAGAAGGCCCCUUGUGGAGGCCACCCGCCAAAUCUCAGUGUGGAGCCAGAUGAGCAGGUUUUGCUUUUUUUUAAAAAAAAAUUCUUUCUGUACCUACUCCUGGGGGCGUGAUUGCCAAUUUUUGUGUUUUUUUUCUUUUUAAUUAAAAAAAAUUUUUUUAAUUGGCCCAGGAGCUCCCCCUGGAGGUCCAAGAAGCAAAAUGCGCCCGAGGCCCAGAACUCCCCACCUACCUCUCUCCUAUGGAGGCGGAGGAGGGCCUCUUGACUGUAAAUCGGGUGGCAGCCCCCUGUCUUUCUUCCUCAGGGUACCAGCGACUGUAAGGGCCUUCUCUCUCUUCCGUUUCUCCACCUGUUUUGCGGUCUUAAAACCAUUGUACAUAAUAUUCAUAUUAUAUAUAUAUAUAUGAGAGAGAGAGCAUGUGUGUUAGUGACCGUAUGUAAUUUUUAUUUAUCAGA